CAAAAUGUCAAACAAAAAAAAAGAGAUAUAAAAACAAGAGUCGGCCAUGUCCAUUCUCUCUCCGCUUCUCUCUUUCUCACUUGUCUGUCCAUUCUCUUAGUCUCUACUCCCUUCUCGCCAUCUCUCUUCGCACAAUGAACAGCUUCAAGUUGAAUCCUUUAGAGAUCCCCGAAAUUAUUUCGCUUGUCGGUGACUUCCUCCCUCGAAGUGACCUUCCCAAUUGUCUUCGCAUCUCCAAAACAUUUUACAGUGCACUUGUCAACCUCGUUUGGAAUGCACUGGAGAAACACAAGGAGGCCAUUGAGGAGCUUGUUGUUUCGAGCGACCUAGAGUGUUACGAGUCAUUGCGAGGUUGCGACCGCCUUAAGCAUAUCUUCAUCUACGAUAUAACCACUGAUGAAGUCGAUCCAUUCUUUCAACUCUGUAAGAGGCUUCGGUACUUGGAUAUGCAAUACACAACUCUCACUCGGCUUCCCCUCAACUUCUUGGACAACGACGAAGAUACAUUCAUUUUUCCAAAUCUGAGCAUACUAAGCUUUGUACGUGUCAAAAUACCCCAUUGUCUCGGAAUGUGGACUGCGAGGUGUCCCGGCUUAAGAUCAUUGAAAGUUCUCAAUAAAGAUAAUCCAAUCGAUGAUUUCUACAGGACAGCUUUUCUCAAUCAUCCCUAUAAGCCGAAAGCUAUAUCAGAUCUAUGCCUUCCAGAUGUGAGAAUAGAGGACGAGGACAUGGCGGCGAUUCUCAGGCAGUUGACGCAACUAAGGCAACUAAAAGUCCCAGGGUAUAAUUUCGGUGUGCUCUCCUUGCGAGAAUUACUGGCAGAUGAGCAGGAGAUUCUGGAGAAUGGGCACGUACUACGAAUAAAGAGGGUUCAGAGGCUCUGCGACAUAAUUGAGGUACUGAAACUCCGUCUUGGCGACAUGAAAGCCGAUGGAGGAGGUCAAGCAAUCUUGGCUAACUGUCCACGCCUGAGGAUACUGUGUGGAGUUAGGAUCAAAGUGUCAGAAGUUGUCGGUGGAUCAGAAUGGGUUAGUACUGGACUGACCAAACUGCAGGUAGAUUUUGGUGUAGGCGUUGAUAAAGAGAGUGCAGAAGGCUUGGAGAAGCAACGGAUUGUGUUUAAGCAACUAGGCAGGUUGACUCGUCUUCGGAAGCUUAAUUUGACAUAUUCGCGGCAUGGCAAGCCUCAGACAUUUGACCUGAGGUUAAGAACAAAUCUGGAUGAACUAGCCAAUCUGCGGAGCUUACGUUUUUUAUCUCUCAAUGGUGAGGCUCAAUGGUGAGGAUCGACAGACGCAAUGGAUUGUAUACAAUUCACUGCUCUAUUGAAUCGUGAUCCCGCUAUAUCCAAGUGAAAGACUUAUUCCGAUGUAAUGAUGUUUAAUAUCGGAUGAUUGACUGAAGAAUUGCCAGUCUGAUUUAUAAGACACGAUUCUUGAACG